AUGGGGAGAGGUGGGCGGGGACCUCGAUACUGUUCGCGACGCGCGGCGGGGGGGCCUGGCCCUGGUGGGGGGGGGGGGUGCGCCGGGGGGGGCGGGGGGGAGGCCUUGGGGGGCGGCGGCGCGGGGGGCGGUGGUGUAGGCGAGACGAAGGUGAUUUACCAUCUGGAUGAGGAAGAGACUCCCUACCUGGUGAAGAUUCCUGUCCCGGCGGAGCGCAUCACCCUCGGCGAUUUCAAGAGCGUUUUGCAGCGGCCCGCGGGCGCUAAGUACUUUUUCAAGUCUAUGGAUCAGGAUUUUGGGGUGGUGAAGGAAGAGAUUUCAGAUGACAAUGCCCGCCUACCUUGCUUCAAUGGAAGGGUUGUCUCCUGGCUAGUGUCAUCAGAUAACCCCCAGCCUGAGAUGGCUCCCCCAGCCCAUGAGUCUCGGACAGAACUGGUUCCUCCACCUCCACCAUUACCGCCUUUGCCUCCAGAAAGAACCAGUGGUAUUGGGGACUCAAGACCUCCAUCCUUCCACCCCAAACUCUCCAGCAGCCAUGAAAAUCUAGAGCCUGAGACAGAAACUGAGUCUGUUGUAUCACUGAGACGAGAACGAACUCGAAGGAGAGACAGCAGUGAGCAUGGCGCUGGUGGCCACAGGCCCAGUGGCACCUCAAGGCUGGAGCGCCACCUGGCUGGGUACGAGUGUUCUUCCACCCUCAUGACCACUUCUCCCUUCCAGGUGAAUGAUAUGAACUUUGAGAACAUGAGCAAUGAUGACGCUGUACGGGUACUGAGAGACAUUGUGCACAAACCAGGCCCCAUCGUGCUGACCGUGGCCAAGUGCUGGGAUCCCUCUCCCCAGGCCUACUUCACCCUCCCCCGAAAUGAGCCCAUCCAGCCAAUUGAUCCCGCUGCCUGGGUGUCACACUCCGCUGCUCUGACUGGCACCUUCCCUGCUUAUCCGGGCUCUUCAUCUAUGAGCACUAUUACAUCUGGCUCGUCCCUGCCUGAUGGCUGUGAAAGCCGGGGUCUCUCUAUCCACAUGGACAUGGCCUCUGUGACCAAGGCCAUGGCAGCUCCAGAAUCUGGGCUAGAAGUUCGGGACCGCAUGUGGCUCAAGAUCACCAUCCCAAAUGCCUUUCUAGGCUCAGAUGUGGUAGACUGGCUGUACCAUCAUGUGGAAGGCUUUCCUGAGCGCCGGGAGGCCCGGAAGUAUGCCAGUGGACUAUUGAAGGCGGGACUCAUCCGACACACUGUCAACAAGAUUACUUUUUCUGAGCAGUGCUAUUAUGUCUUCGGGGACCUCAGUGGUGGCUGUGAAAGUUGUAAGUCACCUUCCCUGGUGUGGGAGAGCAGAUUGUCCUACCUUGUUCUUCACUCCAACCCUAGACCUGGCCCAGGAACUGUAGCCAUGGCCACCAGGGUAGUCAGGCACUGUGUGUUCCACGCUUGGCCUUGUAGUGGCCAACCAUGGGGGCUGAUAUGUGCCUAUAUACUGCUGAACAAGCCAGGUACUAGUUGCAGAACUGUAUUCCCAAGGGAAAGAGUGCCUCAUGAGUCCCACAAAAGCAUAUUGGGCUAG